AUGUUUUUAAAAACAUGUCCAUUGUUUAAGUCUCUUCAAAUCCCAGCUCUUUAUGACACCUUUCCAGAUCUUCCCAGAUGAAAUUAACCUUUCCUUCCUCUGUUUUCUUGGGAUGUUUUCCCCAGCUCUUAUCAGAGUCUGCCUUUUUCCCCAGCUCUUAUCAGAGUUAUAGUUCCUUGUAUUUUUCUCAUGCCCUACAUUUGAGCCUAUGGAGGGCAGGGACCAUAAUUUACACAUCUUUUUAUUUCCUGCACCCAGCAGAGAGUUUAGCACAAGUUGAACUGAAACAAAUAGAAAAUCUAUUUCUUGAAGCAACUUAAUGACUUGUCCUUAAAGAUCUGGGGUCCAAUAUAACUUUCAAAAUAGGAUUCUAAGCCUCUUUUUUUCCCCAGGAUAAAAUUAAUUUUUUUGUUUAAACAGUUUAUAUGUGUGAAGUUUUAAAAUACUUAUUGGGAAGUAUACCACAUCACCCAUACCAAUUCUAACAAAAAUGAAAUAAUCUGACAAAUGCAGAAUGUGGGACAUUAUAUAAGACAGUGCUCCAGGACUGUUAAACAAGUGUCAAUGUUAUAAAAACCAACCAACCAAAAAUGACAAGGAUAUAUAUAUAUAUAGAGAGAGAGAGAGAGAGAGAGAGAGAGAGAGAGAGAGACAAAAAGCAAAAGUGAGAAAAUAUUAGCAAUUAGUAAAUCUAGAUGAAGAGUAUAGGGUAUUUCAUGGUACUAUUCUUUGAGUUCUUCUAUAGGUUAAAAAAUUUCAAAGUAAAAAGUUGGGGAAAAAGGAAACAGGAAGGAGCUGAAAGGACUAGUUUAAUUUCCUAACUGUAUUCCUUUUAGUAUAUUAUUAGAUAAGUUAAUAGCUAAAUAGUGAAAACAAAACAUUUAUUUGGGUAUACCUUUAUAUUUAGGAGUAAAACCAGCUAGGAGUGAACCACAUAGUUGGUUGUAAGAAUUACUAAAUCAGAAACGCAGUUUUAUUGCUCAUUAGAGGGACUUCUCAUACUUUAUGCUUUCUACUUUCAAAGAAAAUAAACUGGAGGAAAUGGAUGAGGUGCGUAUCAAGGAAUUUUUUUCACUGCGAGUAGAUUUGGAAAUAUUUAACAAAUCCUAACUUUUCAUUAUCACAAGCCUCGGUAUCUAUGAAAGUGAUUAUAUUGAUUUGCCCUCUUUCUCUAGGUGAAAAAAACCCCCCUAUAUCUUUGCUAGGCUGUAGCUAAAUCGAUCUGGUUGAUGGAGGCAGAGAAAUAAAUAUAUUGGUGUAAAAGGACAAAUAGGAGAUAAGGCUAUGUAUUUAUUGCCCAUUUAUGUAAUUACAUGUGUCACUAAGGACAAAGGUCCUUAAAACAAAGACGAAAGGCAGAGUAGAAACAGUUCCCUAUAGAAAGAGAGAUGGAUUUUCUACCACUUCCCUCUUCAUGAAUUUUUCUUUUGCGUGGUUACAUAUCCUUCUGGUUUUAUGAUCAAAUUUGAAAACUUAACCAUCUUUUUGGGCACAGUUUGAUGGCUGAAGAUAUGCUUCACUCCAAUAAAAAGAAAAUGAACAUUUUUCAAGAGCAUUCGUAGGCUUCGAGCUGAGAGGACAGCACUUAGUUCCUGAGGUCUGAUAAUCAUUCUGUGCGGAAGUAACUACCAGGACCACGGCACCAUGGAUGUGGUAGGCGAAAACGAGGCCCUACAGCAGUUCUUCGAAGCUCAAGGGGCCAGUGGCACUCUGGGGAACCCGACGCUGGAUACAAGUCUGCUGGAGGAAUUCUUGGGCAAUGAUUUUGAUUUGGCGGCCUUGCAACGCCAGCUCCCAGAUACCCCACCCUAUUCUGCGUCAGACUCCUGCUCUCCUCCACAGGUCAAAGGUGCUUGCUGCCCGACUCUGACACCUGCCGCCGGGGGGAUGCCAGCUGCUUUCCUCCUCUCAGCAGCUGCUCCUGGGAUGCUGCCUGCACACCUGCCGCAGGGCUCGUCUGAGAUGAGCGACUCUGCUCAUUCCCACAGUGCCUUUCACAACUGCUACCCAGACGCCCGUCAUCUCAGGACCCCUCUGGACAAGUCUGUGUCCUCCCAUCUGGGAACUGGUUGUUCUUACCAUCCGCAGCCUCUGUGCCACAGUCCUGGACCCUCAUUGCCACCGACCAAGAAGAGAAAGUGCACACAGGCGCUGGAAGACUCCGGGGACUGUCACGUGUGGGCCCACCACUCCAGACCAAUGACAAGUAGGAGUCACAGCAGCGAAGUGCAAGACCACGACAGUGAGAGACAGAACAUGAUGCCUGUGGACCAGUGCUCUCCUGCUUUGAAGUGGCAGCCAUACCGAAGCGUUCCUUGGCAUAGUUUAUUCAACAGUCAAUAUGAAAAACUACCUGAUAUAGGCUAUCGAGUUGUUACAGACAAAGGAUUUAAUUUUUCACCAGCAGAUGAAGCUUUUGUUUGCCAAAAGAAGAACCACUUUCAGAUCACCAUCCACAUCCAAGUUUGGGGAAGCCCCAAAUUUGUCAAAACCCAAAUGGGUCCAAAGCCAAUAGAAAUGUUCUACUUGAAAGCUUUUGGGAUUAAGGUAGAGGCCACCAAUCAGAUAAUUGCUAUUGAACAGUCCCAAGCAGAUAGAAGCAAAAAGAUUUUCAAUCCUGUUAAAAUCGACCUGUUGGCCGACCAGGUAACCAAAGUAACGCUGGGCCGGUUACACUUCAGCGAAACCACGGCAAAUAACAUGAGAAAGAAGGGAAAGCCAAACCCUGACCAGAGAUACUUCAUGUUGGUGGUCGGACUGUAUGCUGCUAACCAAGACCAGUUCUACCUGUUGUCUGCUCACGUCUCUGAACGGAUCAUUGUAAGGGCCUCCAACCCUGGGCAAUUUGAAAAUGACAUUGAUGCAUUAUGGCAGCGAGGACAAGUUCCAGAAUCUGUUGUUUGUCAUGGUCGAGUGGGCAUAAACACAGAUGCACCGGACGAAGCCCUGGUUGUCUGUGGCAACAUGAAAGUGAUGGGGACGAUUAUGCAUCCCUCUGACAGCCGGGCGAAGCAGAACAUCCAGGAGGUUGACACAAAUGAACAGCUGAGAAGAAUAGCCCAAAUGAGGAUUGUCGAAUACGACUACAAGCCUGAAUUCGCAUCUGCGAUGGGAAUAAACACUGCCCAUCAAACAGGGAUGAUCGCCCAGGAGGUGCGAGAGAUCCUGCCCAGAGCCGUGAGGGAGGUUGGCCAUGUCACCUGUGAAAACGGAGAGAUGCUGGAGAACUUCCUCAUGGUGGAUAAGGACCAGAUCUUUAUGGAAAAUGUGGGUGCAGUGAAGCAGCUUUGCAAACUAACCAACAACCUUGAAGAAAGAAUAGAAGAGUUAGAAAUAUGGAACAGAAGACUGGCCAGGCUGAAGCGGCUCAGUAGUUGGAAGUCCUCUGCCAGUGAAGUGAGCUCGAUCAGCAAAUGUAGCAGAGCUCUUAGUGCAUCUUCUCCAAAAAGGACCAUUCCCAAAAAACCCAGCAAGGUUUCUUUUUCAGGAAAAAAACAGUCGUGUCCCAAUUGGGUUUUCCAGACCUUGGUUAUAACUCUCAUUGCUGUGAUGGCAUUUUGUGGCUUGACAAUAGUCUCCCUUUACAUACUUAGCUUAAAAGAUCAAGACCGAUGUACCCCAAGUCUCCCUUUGAGCAACCUCACCAGCUCCCAGGAUCCGGCUCUGCCACCCACAGCUUCCCCCUUGGCACCUAAUACAUCUGUGGCAACCACACAACCUCCCUUCCAAGUACCAGAGAUCACUUUCUGUGCGAUCCUGCCAUGUCAGGAGACUUACUGCUGUCCCAACUGGGGAACAAGAAGAGUCCUCUCAAGCCCUGUGCAAAGACAGCCCAAGGAGAAGGAGCCCCAUCAGAGGCCAUGGGCAGGAGACAGGAGCACAUCAUUCUUGGCAGGACAGGCGCUAACCAACCUUGACUGGGGGAGUGACUGGAUUGAUACAACCAUCAGUUCUAUUCAGAUUAUGGAAAUCCAGCAAAUAAUAGAUCGUCGGUAUUGCAGUAGAAGCCUCCAGUGCGGGUCUGGAAAUUACAAUUACCAUAUUCCUGUUAAUAAGUACACACCUACCAAUGUCAAAUUCUCUCUGGAAAUCAACACAACAGAGCCAUUGAUAGUCUUCCAGUGCAAGUUCACCCUUGGAAGUAUGUGUUUCCAUAGUAAAAGGGAAGCCAAAGGCAUGCAAAGCCACCAAGAAGUCUCCCAGGAGAUGACACAGGGAUAUCAGCACAUUUGGAGCCUCCCUGCAGCCCCGUUCUUUGACAGCGCAUACCAUUUCCGGGUAGCUGCGCCGGAUUUAGCUGACUGUUCAACGGAUCCUUAUUUUGCUGGGAUAUUCUUUACAGACUACUUCUUUUACUUCUAUCGACACUGUGUCUAAUUUAUUCAAGUUUGUUUGGGGACUUUACCAAAGAAAAAUACUCAAAUACAGUUAACGGAAACUUACAACCUCUUGCAACUUCUUUCUUCUCUUUGUAAAACAUUCACAUUUAUUGCCAAAGGGCUUUUUCCAGGCUUUGGCUUCCAACAGUUUUGAGACAUUAAUGAGGAGAAUAAAGUGUUUGCUGGAACUUGA